GCGCUGACAAACGGUGUCAUUACCAUGACAACCCAAAUUUGUCUCCUAACAGAAGCUGGAGGGGUCGACGCAACUCAACCGUUGUUCGUGAGGAGUUUGUAAAAAGGCUGGAGGGACAAAAGGCGAUAAAAUAAUGCAGUCAAUAAUGGAGGAGGAAGAUGUUCCGACAGUCGCUACAGAGUCCCAACCUGAAGGAGAGUUGAAAGCUUCAGAGGAGACUGCCGCUAACGAGUCCAAACAUGACGACGAGUUAAAAGCUUCAGACGAGGUUGUCCCUGAAGAGUUCAAACAUGAAGAGUCAAAAGUUUCAGAGGAAGCUGUCGCUGACGAGUUCAAACCUGAAGACGAGGCUGUCGCUGAAGAGUCCAAAAUUAAAGCAGAGUUUCAAGCUUCUGACGAGGCUGUCAGUUUCUUGACCUCCAUAGAGCCCAAAGAGCUGCAGAAGUGUGUGUUUUCAGAGACUCUGAUGGUGAUGUCUGAUAGUGGCGGCGUCCUGGGAGAGUUCAGCGUGUCUGUGGAGUUCACCCACAGAGCCCUGGAGCCCUGCUUGAUUCUACAUGCUCGGAGCCACGGAGCUAUCGACGGCUCUCCAUGUGGAACAACGGUGACCACUUACCUAACCACUGAUCUGGAGGUCCUGGAGGAAGACUACAAUGAGUAUGUCAAGCUCGACAGUUACAAUGCUGAGAAGAGGAGUCACAUGGUGCAACGUGACAAACUGAUGGUGAUCAACAAAUUCACCGCCAUGGGAGAGGACAUGACCGAGGAGGAGUGUGUGUCUUAUCCCAUGUCUGUCCUGCGCGGCCUGGUCACCGAGGGAUCCAGCCUGCUGUUGAUGCGUCUCAUGGCUCUGAGGAAGAAGGUUCCAAAGAACAUGGUCUUCAUCAUCUUGGACCAAAAUUUACAUAUAAAUCAGACCACUUUUAGUGAGCUGGACGUGAAGGAAAUAUCGAUUCGCGGUGAGACCGUAGGUGUAUUUGGGCUUGAGAGGAUGGUUGGUUCCGCUGAUGUCGACCAUUCCAGGUGGCACUGCUACUUCCAUGAUAACGGUUACAUGGCCAGCAGAAGACAGGCGGGAUCUCCAGUCACAAUGAAGUUUAUACAGGAGGUUUCAAAGAACGGCAGAGGUUGUAUGAAGAUCCCUCUGGUGUGGCAGGAGGACAUGCAGUUGUACUCUCUGUAUUUGGAUAAAAAGGACUUUCUGAAGGCAGAGCACAAUUCAUACCUGAGGGAGCACCCAGAGCUCCGAGCCCUCCUGUCCGAUUUCAUACAGGACUUGCUGAUUGUGAAACCGGACAACAUCUUCCAGUUUGCUCGAGAAUACUUCCCUCCUUAUUCCACCUACCAUUCCCCCGGAGUCUAACCUGAAAACCGCUUCACUCUGAAACACUUUAACAGGAACAUCGCACACACCUAUAAACAUUAUUUUCUUACUCCAUGCCCGUUAAUGCUUUUAUGUACUUCAUUGUAAUUUUUAAUUAGUUUACCUUA